GACAAUGACCUCAGAAGCAACAACGACGGCCUCAAAGGACACAGCGGCGAUCUCGGAAGGAACAACGUCGGCUUCGGAAGGAACAACGACGACCACAGAAGAAACAUCGGCGACCUCAGAAGCAACGGCAGAAGCGUCUGUUGAUACUGAAGUCACCGUUGUCACCGCCUAUUUCGACCUGGGAUCAUUCGAAAAAGGUUCACCAAACAAUGUCUUCACAAAACAGAAAUAUUAUGGCUGGAUGAAGACCUUCCAGAACAUACAGAAUCCUUUGGUUGGAUACUUUGACACCAAUGAGACCUUCAACGUCUUCAAGAAGCUUCGUGCACAUCUCCCAGCCAAUCACACGAGGUUAUUCUUAGUUGAAAGGUCACAGCUAUGGAGUUUCUCCCUCCGUGAUCAAAUCAAUGAAAUUUUUAAAAAUCCGUCUUACCCGAAGUUUUCACCGAAUACAGUCCUCCCGGAGUAUUCGUGCGCAAUGCAUGCAAAGUACGAAGUCAUGAAUACUACCAUAAAGAAUAAUUAUUUCAAGACGAAGUAUUUUUGUUGGCUAGAUAUCGGCUUGUUUCGAUCAAUCUCGGAAAACACGGACGCGUUCACUUUGGGUCUCCCGAAAGGAUUCGACCCAACCCACAUCGCCUACCAAGAGGUUUCGCCCCGUAAUUCUGACCUUGACCCCGGUUCCAUCUUUCGCGGAAACCUGUAUUGGGUCUGCGGAUGCUUCUUUUUAGGUGAGAAAGGUCUGAUGUUAAAAUGGACUCAGUUGUACAAAGAUUACGUGGUUAAGUACCUCACCCAAGGACUUAUGAACACGGACCAACAGAUUAUUUACGCGAUGUUUUCGACGCAUGGGAAUCAGCCGAGACCCGCGAUUGAACUUCAGCUGUUUAAGCCGGACGGCCGUUUUAACCCGUGGUUUUCCUUGGGUUAUCUGUCCAAGGAAGCGGGACAGAGAAAGAACAGUUGAGAAGAUACUUUUGAGAGUUAUCCAGAAGUCUGUAAAUGGAGAGGCUGCGCAUCUGCCCAUUGACAACCGAAUUGAGAUGCACUUCUCAGUUCAAGAUCAACCAAAGAUUGAUUAAAAAAUUCAAAUGGGAAGUUCGUGAAAGCCGACGGUUGGUUCUGGUCCACUGUAAAAAAGUAUUUGAUUUACAUCUAAGCCAUUGCUAGACAGAGUUACAUGGUCAAUGCUUGGGUUCGAGAGUAUGAAUCAAAUACAUUUUGCGAGAGGACGGGCCUGGCCUAUGGCAACAUCAAAUCACUCGUUGACAGCAUUUUUGCAUGGACACAAAGUAUCAAAUAAAAGGUAUAACUAUAGUCCUUGAACUAAGACGAACUAUUCGAAAAUACAUGCGUUGUCAUCGUUGCAUCGGUGACUGGAAACCCGGAAACUUCUGACUUUCAGUCCUAGGAUCGUAACGAAUUCUACAAACGUCUGGGAUGCAAACCUGGAUCGAAUCAGUAAGAAAACUCCACUUGAAUAAACCCCUUGUUCAUGGCCUCUGCUAUCGGCAUGGAAACCCUGGUCGCCGGGUUGAUAUAGAGUCCCCGCCUUUCGUUGAUGAUCCCCCUUGCCACAGCAUCCUUGAGACCCAUAAAAUCUGGGGUCUCCUCGCGGGGAUCGGCUACGCCUGUGAUGACAAAUCGCCUCACUGAGUGUCCGGAGCUACGGAACUCGG